GGAGGCAGUGUACAGCAGAUGGGUGGAGGUGCCAGGAGGAUGGCGGGCAAUGGGCCAGUGAGAUCGCUAGGGGGUCUUUGGGUGAUGGGCAGGCGUGGGCGUACUAUUGACAUCAUGGAUGUGUCCUCACAACAAGGCUCCACCAUGAGCAUGGCAAACUUUACAAAGUACUACACGAAUGCGAAACGCGACAAACUCUACAACGUCAUUAGCCUGGAGUUCACCAAGACUAAGUUGGAGCCUCUAGUGCAGUCACCCAGUCUGGUACGUCAUUUGGAUUGGGUGGACUUGGUGUGGCCGGAAAUAUUGCGCGCUUUGCAGCAGGAGGCCACCAACCGACUGGUCGACAUGAAAUAUCCCAAAGUGCAAAAGUACUGCCUGAUGAGCGUCGGUGGCUGCUACACAGAUUUCCGUAUCGACUUUGGUGGCACAUCCGUCUGGUAUCAUAUUCUCAAGGGUGGAAAGGUUUUCUGGCUGAUUCCUCCGACCCCAAUCAAUCUUCAGAUCUAUGAGCAGUGGGUGUUGUGGGGUAAACAGCAGGAUAUCUUCCUGGGUGACAUGGUCGAGACGUGUGCCCGCGUCGAAUUGAAACCAGGCUGGACUUUUGUCAUUCCUACUGGUAUAUCAUCUCGUGACGACCACAUUGAAGUCUGAAUUUGAAGUGCGAAGAUGCUUCAGCAACCACAUCGUACUUUUCCAUUGCUUUUCAUUGUGCUUCUACUGUGCAUGUGUGUAACUUGUGGGGUAUACAUGUGAUGACAUUGUAUGCUGGUGACACGGUCAGAUUUUGUCCAUGCGUGUAACGUACACCUGCAUGUUAUGCAUCGAAAAGGAUCUGCCACUUGCGAUCCUGGGACAAGUAUCAGGUCAGCUUUGUUUUGUGUGGGCUGUACCAGAUUGCUGUUCACUUUUCUAUCUGUUCGAUAUGUGACUUUCUGCAAGUCUCUGGUGUAUGGUGGCCACUUCUUUGCUUGUCACUUUGUAUGAUAUUACAUUCUGUAUUCGCUGCUUCCAUGGCGUGGUCUGCAAACUGCAACCCUUGGGCAAAUGUCAUGUUUGCUAUGUUGUGCUUUGGCCGUCAGCUUGUCUACACGUUGUAGUUGAAUUAUUUUGUUCCCCAACUGACUUCCUGAAGUACGGUGGCCACUGCUUUGCAUGGCAUUUUA